AUGUCUAGUGUAAAUAUUGAGAUUAAAGGAUUAAGACCAGAUAUUCGACUAGAGGAAUUUGACAGUGGUAAGAACGGUUGGAAGGAAUUGGUAGCAAAUUUGAAGAGUAAGUCUGAUCAAGAGUAUAGGGAUAUUCGUUCGAAGUAUUUGAGCAGGCCAUCAGAAAUACUUCCAAGCGUUUUAAAGGAAGAUAUUCGUUACAGGGAGUGUAUUGCCUGUCAUCAGCCGGUAUUGGUUUCAGGAAUUGUGGAGCAUUUGGAAAAGUAUUGUAUAGCGAAGAUGCCCAUAAACUCGGCGGCUGAAACUCCAGAUGUUAUGUCUUCGCCAGCGAAGAGCAAAGGAAAUGCAAGAAGAUCUUCGUCGAUAGACCCUGAAGGAUUUGAUUCUCCUUCAAAGAAGCAGAAGACGUCAACCCCUUCAGGGUCUGGGUCUGGGUCUGGGUCUACUAGAAAACAGCGUAAAAUCAAACAACGCAAUCCAACAGAGCCUCACCUGGUCAAUUUUGACAAGCAGUGUGGUGUUCCACUUCCAGAAGGUGGGGUCUGCGGUAGAUCAUUAACUUGUAAGUCGCAUUCUAUGGGCGCAAAACGUGCUGUGGAAGGUCGUUCGCAACCCUUUGAUAUACUAUUGGCAGAUUACCAAAAACGGAAUCAAUUGAAAUCAUCGGCUUCCAAAACAAGGAUACAAAAAGCACAACAAAAUCAACAGGACCCGCAAACUACAAGUAAGCAUAAGGGUAAGGAAAAAGGCAAUAAUAAAACGAAUAGUGGUAAUAGUAACAAUAAUAGUAAUAGUAAUAACGCUGAUAAUGACUCGAUGUCAAAAAUAUCUCCAGAAGAAGAGACAACUCUGGUUUUGAAUGGUGUAUCACGAUCUUAUCCAUUACCGCUAGAAUCCACUGUUUUAACUUCAACGCGUACUAGGACUAAGUAUAUCAGGAUGAGAGAAAUGUUUGCUUCUGCCUUUAAUAUUAAACCAGGCUUCAAAAGUCCCGGGGUCGGAGCAUUUCGCUCUAGAGUUGGUCUUAUUGAUAUAGACAGGACAACAGAUUAUACAUUCCGUAUAAGAACCCCUCAGCCUAUGAAUGCGGUGCCGCAGAAACUAACUCCAGAACAAUUACAGGCCCUUCAAGCUCAACGAUUGAAACAGCAGCAGCAGCAGCAGCAGCAGCUUUCACCACAGCAAUCUUCACAACAGCUUUCACAGCAACAGCAGCAACGGCAACAAGCAACUCAACAACAACAACAACUUCUUGCUCAACAGCAGCAGAGACAGCACCAAGCAAACACAACAGGAUCUCUCUCACAAAUGCAAGUACAGAUGCAACAGGCGGGGCAAAGUAAUAAGGUUGGCGUCCAGCAAUCCAUGAUGGGACAGUCAAUUACGCCAAGGGAUAUCCAAACACAGCAACUGAUAAUGCAGCAACAACAGCAAAAGCUACUUCAGAAAAAAAGAAUGGAAGAUGCUAGUGCACAACUGGAUACGGCAUCCAAAUUAAUGCAGCAUUCUAUUGGAUCUCCGGUGAACGUUCAAGUCCGAAACAACUCUAAUCAGCAAGGAGUCCAAUUUGGUGCUAAUAAUGGUUAUGGUGGGAGAGUUAACUAA